GAAGACAAACCAGGCUGAAUUAAACAACAGCGGCAUCUCUCCAAAUUGUUUUCCCGGAAAAGCGUAAUUUUCCCAGAAAACAGAAAAGACUGUGUGUUUAGGGUUCUGGGUAAGCUGUAAACCGAAGAAGACGAGGGAAGAUGAUCGGAGUUGGGAAAAUGAAGCAGUACUCCAACGUCCUUGACAAGCCCCUCAGCAAAGGCAAACAAGAGGUGAGCUUGACCGCAUUUGCUUUCUUAUUCUCGGAGCUCGUUCAGUACAAUCAAACACAGGUCGACAAUAUUGCUGAACUUGAAAGAAGAUUAGAGGAUGCUGGGUAUGCAGUUGGAGCUCGAGUUCUGGAGCUUCUUUGCAACCGGGAGAAGGGCAACCGAAGAGAGACACGGUUACUCGGAAUUCUGUCUUUCGUCCAUAGCACCGUGUGGAAGGUGUUGUUUGGAAAGGUUGCUGAUUCACUUGAAAAAGGAACAGAACAUGAAGAUGAGUACAUGAUCAGUGAAAAGGAACUUCUCGUGAACAGGUUCAUAUCGAUUCCAAAAGACAUGGGAACAUUCAACUGCGGAGCGUUUGUUGCUGGCAUAGUGAAGGGAGUUCUGGAUAACGCAGGGUUUCCUGCUGUGGUUACGGCUCAUUUUGUACCCAUUGAAGGGCAGCAACGUCCUCGGACUACCAUUCUGAUCAAGUUUGCUGAUGAGGUGCUUAAAAGAGAAGCACGACUAAGCCAAUGAGAAAGCACAUUUUGUCACGAGCUGCCACGAUUUGGGAACUAUUGGCUUUUUGUGAACUGCUUGUGCAAUUCUGCAUGUCUGUCUUUUUGGAUAACUUAUAUCAACAUUCUGAAUUGUGCUUGUGCUGCAAAGCUCUUGUCCGUGCAUUGAUGUAAACUACAUACAGACCUUCUUCUUACAAUUGCAGCUGAUAAUACAACAAAUUCAUAGUUUAGCACAGUGGA